UUUGAACGUAUCAAACAACAAGUUUACUAUUCCAAAUGCUCUAACCCGUGUGCCCAGUGCUCAAUGCUCAUUGACCAAACUCCCAAUCCACCCCCAUGCCGCUUUCUUUGCUUUAUCUUCUGAAACCCUCUGUUUACCACUUCACAUUCUGAGCCACGAGUGGCACACAUUCUCGGCUUUUGUCCUGUCCUGCUCGCCUCUGAUCUUUGUCCACAACUAGACACCUGCUUGAGCUGGUCGCUCUUCUUUUUGAUUCAUCAACUUUUCAAGAAUCCACACUCGAAUACAAGUCUCUAAAGGCAACCAUGGCAGCAGUGAUGGGAAGGAAUCAUCUUGUAGUGCUGUGUAUGGCUGCUGCGGCGCUGAUGGCUUCUUUGAGCGCCGCCGCCGGCGAGGCGGCGGCUGCAGCUCCGGUGCAGGAACUGCGGCGAGGCUUCUCGGCAGCCCACGACCCGUCCUACUCGCAGUUCCAGCCAGUGCUCGCCGACCCCACCGGCGCCUUCGCGCUUGGCUUUCUCCGUGUCAACUCCACCAUGCUGGACCUCGCCGUUCUCCACCUCCCAUCCUCGUUCCCUCUCUGGCGUGCCAUGCCCGACCGCCCCACGCCCUUGUCGGCGGCCGCCUCCCUCUCCUUCGACGGCGGUCUCGUCCUCACCGACCGCGCGGCCAACAAAGUGCUCUGGUCCACAGCCGCCGCCUCCGCUGCCGCGGCCGGCGACCGCGCCGUCCUCCUCAACACGUCGAACCUUCAAAUCCAGAUCACUAGUGGUAGUGGCAGCUCGCCCAGUGUUGUGUGGCAGAGCUUCGACUACCCGUCGGAAACCAUCGUACAGGGCCAGAACUUCACCUCCGAGGCGGUGCUCUACACCUUCGACCGGCGCUUCGCCAUGCGGCUGGGGAGCAACGACUUCGCGCUCUACAUCGAGCCGCCGCCGUCGACGUCGGGCGGCAUCGCCGCCGCCAUGUACUGGAAGCACACCGCGCUGGAGGCCAAGGCCCAGAUCGUGGCCGGCGGCGGCCCGACCUACGCUCGCGUUGAGCCCGACGGCUUCCUCGGCAUGUACCAGAAGGAGGGACCUCCCGCCGACGUGCUCUCCUUUGACACCUUCAACCGCGGCGUCCGCGCUCUCCGCCGCAUGACCCUCGAGCCCGAUGCCAACCUCCGCGCCUACUACUGGGACGGCGCACGGUGGGUCCUCGACUACACCGCCAUCACCGAGCCGUGCGAGCUGCCCACCACCUGCGGCGCCUACAGCGUCUGCGCGCAGCCCAGCGGCCGGUGCGCGUGCCUGGCCAACGCGACCGACGGCUCGGACUGCGCCGCCGCCAUCCCCGCCUCCGUCGGGGGCGGCCUGUGCGGCACCACGGGCGGAGAGGUCGGCGGGCUGUACUGGGCGGUGCGGAAGCAGCGCGUGGAGCCGGUGAACAAGGAACUGCUGGGGUUCGAGCGCGCGGCGUCGGUGACGGACUGCGAGGCGCGGUGCGAGCGCAACUGCAGCUGCUGGGGCGCGGUGUACAGCAACGGGACAGGCUACUGCUACCUCAUGGACUACCCGGCGCAGCUGCUGGUGGAGGGCGACGAGCGGAAGAUAGGCUAUUUCAAGGUCAGGAGCCUAGCGGAGGAGGCGGCGCGCGGGCGCGGCGGCGGUCGCGUGAACGCGGCCAAGGUGGCGCUGAUUGCGGUUGGCAUCGCGACAGUGGUCGCCGCGGCUGUGUUCGGGGCGUACAGGGUGUGGGACAUGAGGAGGCGGACCGCUGCGGACGCGAGGUGGUGGUGGCAGCUGGGCGCCGCCGAUGACGGGCUCUCGCCGGGGCCGUACAAGAACCUGGGGUCCUUCAGCUCCGUGGAGCUCACAAACUCCUUCCGGAGAUAGCCAGGUCUGAGAAGUGGAGUUCUCCAAUAGGACGGCGAGGUCGCCGGGAUGUCUCCCGCCGUGAACGGACAAGGCGGACGCACCUAAACGGCGAGGAAGGCAACGGCAGUCAGAAAAGGCCAGCGUUGGGUGUGUAUGGGCAACGGCAGUUUUUUUUAUUUUUAUAUUUUUCUAUCAAAUAUUUAAGUAAAUA